AUGCCCCGCCUCGUCCGCCGCGCGCCGCUCUCUGAGCGCAUCAAGAGCUACCUCAACCCGUGGGACUUCCUCCUUUGGCUAUCGGAAGAAGUCAACGACGAGUGGGAGGAGCGCUUGAAAGAAUGGUCGGUCGUGAUGGGUGUUGCGAUGAACUUCGUGUUCAUGGUUGCGCGCGCGAACGGCGGGAGAGCUGCGAGCUACGCAGGAGACGAUGUCUUUGGAGACUAUGAAGGACGGAGAGGCAGCGGCUGGUUAUCGUGGUUUGCUACCUGUCUUGUCUGGAUCCUCUCUGGGUUCUCGGUUCUCAACGCUGUAUAUACCUUCUACCGCAGACGCCACUACAGGCUCUUCGAGACCUCGAUCGAUGUCCCUCCAACAACUCCAUCCGCCCACCGCGUCCGUGUCGACUCCUCACCUCUAUCAUCCUCUCCCCUCCGCUUUCUUUCCAACAUUAUAACCUCAUCAUCAGCCGAAGCGCGCGCCCACCCCGAUGAAACGCGCGAUGUCUGGGAGCUCGCUGUCUGGGACCCAACGCCCAUAUGCCUGCGUCUCUUCUGCCUGUUCAGUCCCGGUCAUGUCCUCGUCUACUUUCUAUUUCUCCCCUUUGCGCCGCUCGACCCUCGGCCCAGCGUCACAGUCGUCAAGACCAUCAUUCUGGCGACCCUUCUGUCAGUACAGCUGAGCAUGCUCCAUACUUCAUUCUCACAGCAGACCAAAGACACCGCCAUAAUUUCUAAAGAAGUGUUGCACGAAUACGAUACCAAAUUCGUGCAUCCGAUGCUAAAUCGACCGGUACGGGACGUUGGCACUCAGAGCGCGGAGAGCGGCGCGCAGACCACAGAGGUUGAUACAUACACCCCGACAACAAUCGUCAAUCGCGGUUUCCGCAUUAACCCCAAUCCCGCAUAUGCGUCGCAAUAUGAUCCAGAUGGUGCACUCCAGGAACAGCGUCAGCACAGGCUGCCCCGCAUGGCCAGCACGCCUUCAUUUAAGACGCCAGCAACAGUAAACGGCUUCGCGGAUCCCGCUUCUUCUCCAGCAACACAGCCAAGGACUGCAAUACGCCAACCGCAGUUCCGACCGGCUGCUCAAAGCACAAAUCACGUAUCUAGUGGCCCCGGCGAUGGGGGCAGUCUAGGCGUGUACUCGCAUGCGAAUUCACCGCUGAGAAAAUCUGCGUCCACAAACCUACUGAGGGCCGACGGCGGCGGUGGCGAUGGGAUAAAGAAGCGGGAGGGGAGCCCGCUGAAGAGGAUGAGCACCCCUGGAGGUGGCGAUGGAGGGCUGAACCGGCGAUUUGCCCAGCUAAGGGGCGAGGGAGCUCCAAGAAGGGAGAGCGGACGGUUUUAA